AUGUCAUUUCCCAUUCCUUCGUUCCUACUUGAGAUUCUAGCGGAGCUGGGAUUGGCGUUUACCCAGAUUACUCCGACCUUCUGGCGUUAUGUCUUGACGAUGUUUGUUCGGACCAGAGAGGAAUGGCUGGAGUUUGGUUUGGCUGAGUUGAAGCAACCUUAUACUCUCAAGCGAAGUAGCGGCGUUACUGGAGCGAUUCUUCUUUCUCCGCGCGCAUGUCGCUCAAUUAUUAGAGAUAUUCCCAGCAAAGACGUUAAUUGGACGGACAAGUUUUUUGUCUUCAAGGUCGAUCCAGUGACGGUUGGGGAUUUUGACUUUUCUCGGAUUCCGAUGAAGUGGAACGAAAAUGUUGAGUUGUUUGGGACCUCAAAAAUGACUCCUGAGCUGCGUGGUUUGAUCGCGGCGCUUCGCCGAGGUGAAUGCAACUGGGACAGCUUUACUCCAGAGAGGAUUCGAGCUGCUUAUGCUUCGUCCCCUGGCGUGCAUCGCGUCGUCCCCGUCCCGCUCGCGGAACCAAUUCGUCCUCGAAGAGACCAGAAAGAUAAAGUGGUCAAAAACAAAGAGCCUCAUGAGGAGCCUUCAGAUGCUAAUUCUGACUCCGUUCAGUCUCCGGUUGUCGUGGCUACGCCGCUUUCAGUAGUUCACCCGGCCCGUGGUGAUCAACUGGAGUCCCGAGUACCAGGCGAGGUGGAUGUCGAGGAAAUAGCUCCCAAGCAAGAUCCCGGAGAGGGUGCUUCUAAGCCGAUCAACUUUCCGACAAAUUGUCGAAGUGGUUCUCCGCCGACAUUCUCGUACGAGAUUGAUGCUCCGAUUCUGGAGAAUCCUGAACAGCUCGCCGCCAUUUGGCAAAAACUAAGGAGUCCUUCAUGCGAGCUUCCUUCCUUGGAGCAGAUGCGAGGUCGUGACGCCUACGUUCGGAUGGCGGUUGCAAAUGCCAAGGCUAUGGAGGCUUGCAACGAGUAUGCUGCUUUGAUGGUGGAGCGGUUAGCGAAUUUCCCUACUCAGGAAGAGCUCGAUGGCCAGCAUACUUUGAUCCAACAGUUGCGGUCAAAGUUAAGUGCGUCACAGGCGAGCGAACAGCAGCGGGCGAAGCAGGUCGUAGACUUGAAGGCGUUAUUGACGGCUAAGGAGGCAGAGAAGGUCGCGCUUGAGGGGGAGAAGGUCGCGAUAGUGGGGGACCUUGAAUCUCUGAAGGCGAAGUUCAAAAGAGAGGCCGAUUUGCAAGAAAAAGCGGCUCGGAGGGAGAGGCGAGCUGCUUGUCGGUUGGUAGCCAAAGGUUACGAUGCUGCUCUUGAUACAGCGAGGGGGACUAUCCGAAGGAGGAAAGCGGAAAGCGCUGCGGAGAUACGCUUGCAGGAGAUCCGUGCGAAGAUCUAA